AUGCCUACCGCCUCGGAGCGUAUCAACGCAUUGAACCCCUUCUCUAAGAAGGAGUCUCAUAGCGCUGGGUCCAUCACGACAUACAAAGUCCUGACCAUCUUGUCUUGGCUUCUCGCCCUGGUCGUCACCCUGUACUACGUCACCAACGAGCCUCACGAUGGCUUCACGAUCCGGAGGAGAAUAUGGGAUCAGAACUACCUGUACCGCACCGCCUUCACUCUGAACGCGACCAUUGUUGAUAUCUACUGGAUUGUUCUUUUCAUCCUCCAGAUCGGCUACGUCGCCCAUCUCUUCUCCAGCAACACCGAUUACGUGAACGCUGCUGCCAGCGUCGGCUCUCACUUCGUCUUCCACAACCUGCUCCACUUCGCCUUCGUCAUGCUGUUCGUGCGCUCCCACUUCGUCUGGGCCGAGCUCAUCUUGAUCAUCAACUUCGCCAACCUGUCUUCGCUGUACUUCCGCCACAACACAUAUCCUCGUUUCAUCCACUGGCCCGUCGUGUCUGCUCCCUUGGCAUGGACUUUUGUUGCCAUCUACUGGAACGGUGCGAUCAUGGUCCACGACCCCGACAACCUCGUUGCCCGCAUCUUCGGCAACAUCUUCAUUUGGUCCAUCCUUGUCUACGGUGGCUUCUUCAUCACCAUCUACAAGGAUUACACCAUGGGUUUCUCUCUCAGCGUUUUGUCCGCCGCCAUCGGUGUUGCUCAGUUCUACGACAAGGUUAUUGCCUUCCAGUGGAUCUUUGCCUUCACCAUCAUGGCCGUCCUCUUCGUCUCGACCCUCGUCAUUGCCUACCCAGCUUGGUCUGGCAAGGAGUACUCCUGGCCCCGCCGCUCCGCUCCGGCCGACCAGGAGCGUGCCCCUCUUUUGGCCGACGACCAGGUUACCAUGAGCCCGAGGGCAUUUCCCUUUCCCUUCAAUAUUGGGAAUGACAUUUGCCAAAUCUCCCGCAUUGCCCGAAUUUUGGCAACCCCCCGCGGGCCAAGAUUCAUCGAGCGUAUAUUCACCAAAGAUGAAUUGCACCUGAUUCCAAGCGGAUCAGAGAACAACACCCCGUCAAAUCCCCUUAGAUUCCGAGAAAACGGCAUCGAAGACUUGAGGGCGCAAAAACAGUUGUGGAAGAAGGCCUCAUUCGUGGCUGGAAGAUUCGCCGCGAAAGAGGCUACGAUCAAGGCACACAUUCAGAGACGCCUGACCUUCCACGACAUUACCAUCUUGAGAAAGACGCUGGUCGAGGGGCAGGCGAACGCGAACGGGAGCGGGCCGCCUGUGGCUGUGAUCAAGGGUGCGAAGGAGGGCGAGCGGGCGCAGGAGGCCAAGAUCACGAUUAGCCAUGAUGGGGAUUAUGCCACUGCUGUUUGUAUAGCUUAUGAGCCACCUGUCGAAAAGAUAGGGCACGAAUGA